GGGUGACACGGAUGGCGGCAAAGCAGAGGGACGACAAGAAGAUGACCAAAGAGGUGCGGUGCGCGGCUGUGAGUGUGCGAGCAGAUCUACACACCUGUGUCUUGUCUUGUCUUGUGGCUUUGUUCAAUGUAGGUGCUAAAAGAUGUGGUUGAGCAGGACCGGCAGAUGCUCGUGUCGUUGGUGAUGAGCAACAUGGACCGCGGCGUCUCAACACAGUGCGUGCCGAUAUGGAUGGACACUCUACAUGCUCUGCACUGUUCACGUGUGCAUGUGUGUGUGUGCGUGUUGUGGAAUGCAUACUGCAGGUCUGAGACGAGGAACGCUCAAUUGCAGAACCUGGCGGUGCUGGGGCUCGUUAUUGCCUAUGUCGUGUGGCAGGUACCUCCUAAGCCACACACAUGCAUUGAAACGGACGUGUGCGCAGGAUUGGCGUGUAAUUGUGUUGAUGUGUUUCUCUCUCUGUGUGCACCUAUGCAGUUUUCAACGGUCGACAUGAACAUAUGGCGGGGCUGGUACGUGCACACACACAGAGAGAUAGAGCCUCGAGAGACCUUCAUAUCCUCCCUCCCGUGUGUGCCAUCCAUGUGCACAGGUCGAUUGAGGAGAAGCUCUUUCGGCUGGUGCCCGCCAACUGGAACGCAUACGAAGUACAAACGUAUUGAUUGCAUAAUUCGUGUGUCUGUGCAUACCCGGGGGGUGGUGUACCUGUAUGGCAUGCAUAUUGGGAUCAUCUGUUGUGUGUGCACCACUCACAGGAGGCCCUUGCGCGCGAGCCCCUCUUUGUGAAGAGUGUCCUGACGGGCGCCACCUACUUCAUCGGCGACUGGAUCGCGCAGAGCGUCGAAAACAAGGUGGGUGCGUAUGCAUUAUGUGUGCAUGUGCGCGAGUGUCCAUGUGUCCAUGUGUGGAUGUGCGUGAUGUGCCUGUAGGGCAAGAAUCGUGAUCCGCUGUUGAUUGACCGGUGGCGGCUGCUGAGGAACACAGUCCUGGGAUUCGUCCUGCUGGGUGGGUACACACGUGUAUGCGCACUUAAAGUGGUGCUCAUAUGUGUGUGUGUGUGUGUGUGUGCGUGUGCAGGUCCUAUAGCGCAUUACUACUACGAUUGGAAUGCGAGCUGGCCGUUCCCAUGGUGCGUGCGUAGAUACCUGGACGCCUGCGUGUGUCAUGUGUGGCUGUGUGCGCACGUGUGUGUGUGUGUAGGUUCUUCAAGCUUUUCAUCGAUCAGACGUCAUAUGUGCCCUUUCAUAACACGGUGCGUGUGUGUGUGUGUGUGUGCACAUAUCACACAUACAUGUGUGUGUGCAGAUCUACUUCAUGUCACUAGAAUUGCUCGCUGGCAAAAGGUACGCCCGAUGAACACGUACCUGCUCACCUGUCUGUCUGUCUGUCUAUCUGUCUGCGCGUGUGUCCUUGUGCAGAAUCGGCGAGGCUUGGAAAGACUACAAGGGCAAGUUCUGGGACUUUCUUUUCGCCGGUAUGCGCCCACACACACUCAUAGAUUCCAGUUGGUCCUUGGAAGACUGUGAGCACAUUGCUAUCAUCAGGUUGGCGUCUGUGGCCGUGGGUGAACAUCCUGACCUACACAAUCAUUCCCAUCAGACACAGACUCCUCUGGUAUGUACCCGCUCUCACACUUCUCAACACACAUGUGCCCAAGACAUGAUGGGGAAACCUCUGUGUGUGUUUUCAAUAGGGUGGAUUCGCUCGAGAUUGUUUAUGCGGCCAUUCUCUCUCUGCUGGCCAACGAAAAAGAUGCCAAGGAAACACCUGCCGGACCAUCAUCAGAGCAGGACUCCCCACCGCCACCACCAGCAGCACCAGCAGCAGUUGAAGCGCCUUCCUCUCUCUCUCACCACACAGAGCAGCCGGCACACGGCCACACACGCGUGGACGUGCACGCCGACACAGAGGGAGGUGGUGGUGGUGGAGCUGGUGAGCAGCACCUGAUCGAUCCCGCUGCUGUCAUCACGCCAGAGACCCCAGCAGUAGAUGAGCAGCAGAGGAAUGUCGUUACCAGAUAGAUUGCCUGUGUGUGGGCGUGUGUGUGUCGGGGGGUGGGAGGGAGGGUGUUCGGGUGCUCUGCCUGAGCGACGAGCGAACCGAUCGGAUGACGCGGGUGGACGACGAGAGAAUUUUUCUCCUACAUGGCAUGGCUGCUUCAUGGCGAUGUGAAUGUGUGGCGGAGGGGUGGAUGUGUGUGGCUAUUUGUCGAUACUGGCAAAAAUACACAUACAGGCAAGGCAAGUGUACACAUCGAGUGCUGAGGCCACGGGGAAGUCAGGGACGGAGACAGGCUGCCGUGGGUGGCGUACAAUAAAUAUAUAUACUGGCGAGUGUAGUGAGUGUACAGUUGAC